UUGAAUGUACUAGAAUUCCUAUAAAAACCCUAAUUUCAAUUACAAUCCUCGAACUUCAUCUCUCCUUAUCUACAUCUCCGCCGUCCCGGCCACCUCGCCGUCCCCCACUAACCUCCACCGCCAGCCUCAAGCAAACGCCUUUCCCCUUAACCUUUCUCCAUUCCCCGACACCGAUCUACAUAAUCCCUGCCCUCAUUUCCCCUUAAAAAUAUCUUGCAUCCAUCUCAGAUCCCUUUCCAAUGGAAGGUGAAACGGCCUCUGAUCCCAUCGCCGACGGAUCUCCGCUGGUGUCUCGGGUGCGGAAACUUUUGUUUCGGCGAAUGCUUGUCGGUGUUAAAGACGGGCGAUUCUUUCUUGGGUCUUUCCAUUGCAUCGACAAGCAGGGCAACAUCAUCCUGCAGGACGCCGUAGAGUACCGCAGUAUCCGACGAUCGCCGCAGUCGCCGAUGGAGCAGCGGUGUCUUGGUAUCAUCCUAAUUCCUGCUGCCUGCCGCUCUUCCUGCCAUGUAGAUUGCUCCAUCAACGAGCAGAUGUCUCUGCUAUCUAUCAUUUGAUGAAGAUGGGAAUCUGGAGGUGCUGUUGUCAACAGCUUCAAGGUUUAUCAUGAAAGAUCAUGCUGUGUAUUGCCGAUGUAACUUACAAUAAAAGGUUCCAAUUACAAGCUUUGGAGGGGAAGCAAAUGAAGGUACAAUGAUUGAUGUUGUUAUUAUGAACAUGGCAAUAAUCUUAGUUCUGUUAAGUCUCUUAUGUAUUGAAAGUUCUUUUAGCAUUGUGUUGUUUUGAUGAAGGUUGUAAAUUUCCAACUUUAUAUUAAGUGAUUUUAUUAUAAUCAUUUUCUGUUGUGAA